AUGGACAUGGAUAGCCAAGGUUACCAGGACAUAGAAGGUGAGAAGGAGGCCACCAGGGAGAGGGACAACCAAGGUUUCCAGGAAAUAGAAGGUGAGAAGAAAGCCACUAGAGAGAAGGACAGCCAAAGUUUCAAGGACAUAGAAGGUGCGAUUGAGGCUACCACGGAGAAGAACAGCGAAGAUGAGAAGGACAUUGAAGGUGGGAAUGACGCAGCCGGGAAGAAGAACGACGAAGGUGACAAGGACGUGGAAGCUGAGGAGGACGUUGCCGGAGAGAAAGACAACAAAGGUGACAAGGACGCCGACGACGAGAAGGACGUCGAAACUAUGAAGGAGGCCGCCAGGGAGGAGAACAAUGAAGGUGAGAAGGGUACCGACAAUGACACAAAACAUGCCAACGAAGAGAAGAACACCGUCGUGGACAAGGGCGACAAGAAUGAAUCCACUACUGAAUAUGCUACCCCUGAUGAAGUGAGGCAGGAAGAAAAGGAGAACCAGGAUAAUGCACACUAG